AUGUCCGUCAUGGGAAAGGUAAGCAAAUUAACAUUCUAAUGCGUUCGAUCCGACAUUGUAACACGGAGUCUCUUGCUUUUAUUAUCAACUCUUUAUUUGCGUUUGAGUUGCGACCUCGUCUUCAACGACCGUGCGAAUAUUCGUGCGAAAUACGCGUCCCUCCAACAUGUUUUGCACCGAUCAUUCGAAUCGUCCAUUCUGCAGCUCUGUUUGCACCGCGAGAAGGAAAUAUUCUUGGUCUCUACGUUUGCAUUACCGGCCUCGAGUAUACCGAUACAUGUAUACCCUCCGUCAACGUGUCGUUCGAAGCCAGUAAACACCGCAAUAUGCAUUGUCAGUAUUCAUCUCGAUUCCUUCUUUCAUUUUUUUUAGCCGGUACUCUACUCCUAUUGGCGGAGUUCCUGCUCGUGGAGAGUGCGAAUCGGCGCAUGUGUAUCUUUUUGACAGCACUGAAUUUAAAGGAAAUCCCGUACGACAUAAAACCGGUUAGCUUGAUAAAAAGCGGUGGAGAACAGCACUCUAAUGAAUUCCGCGAAAUUAAUCCAAUGGAACAGGUGCCAGCACUUCAUAUUGACAAUCACACGUUAAUAGAAUCUUUAAAUAUCUUGCAAUACUUAGAAGAAACCAGACCACAUCGGCCUUUAAUGCCUGCAGAUCCAGUGAAACGAGCAAGAGUCAGGGAAAUUUGUGAGGUUAUCGCCAGCGGUAUUCAACCGUUGCAAAAUUUAGUUGUACUGAUCUAUGUUGGAGAAGAACGUAAGAAGGAAUGGGCACAACAUUGGAUUACUAGAGGUUUAACAGCCGUAGAAAAAUUAUUGUCAUCCAGUGCGGGAAAGUACUGUGUAGGUGAUGAAAUCACAUUAGCAGACUGUUGUUUAAUACCACAGAUAUUUAAUGCAAGAAGGUUUCUUGUUGAUCUACGACCUUUCCCAACAAUUUUGAGGGUAGAUCGUCACUUAGAGAAUCAUCCAGCAUUCACUGCUGCUCAUCCAAACAAUCAGCCUGAUUGCCCUCCAGAGGCAACCAAGUAGCAAGCAAGGCAGACCACCCUCUUCCUCUUCUAAUUCAUUAGAAAUAGGAAGGGAGGUGGUCAAAUACAUUGUAGUUUUGUAGUGGCAAAAGGUGAAUGCAAUUUCAUUCGACAAAAAAGUUUAUUAGUUGGAUAUAAUUAUGUUGAAAUGAUAAUAAUAUACGCUCAAAUAUUUUAAAAUUUAAAUAUGAUUAGUUCUUCAUAAUUAUGGAUGAUGCAUUAGCGAAUUAAAAUUUAGAGAUGCAGCUAUUUUUUAAUCGCUUUUUUGUUUUUUUUUCUUUUUUUUUUAGUAGAAGUAUACACCUUUUGUCACUUAUGAACUACGUUUAGGUACUGAAAUGGUAAACAGUGUAAAGUAGAGUAUCGAAUUAAAUGAUAAUUUUUAAUUGAUUGCAAAAGUGAUUUUUCCGUGAUACGGUAUCUGUUUCGGAUGAAGGAACACACUGUGCCAUUUCUGUACUUAUUCAGAGGAUAAGAAUGUUGGCCUAUUUUUAAUUUUGUUAUAUUUUUUCAUUGGUUUUUAUAUAUAUAUCUAUACAGAAUCAAAAUUAACUAAAUUCGUCUUCGUGUAAUACUUACAAUAUUACUUUGUAAAACGUACUGACCUAUUAUAAAUAGGUUCUGUUGUCUGAAAUCAAAAGUUUACUUUUUAUACACUUACAAUAAUAUAAUUUUUCAGUUACUUUUAGCUUACUUAGGCUAA